CAUCAUAAUUUGAAAUGAUGUCGUAAAGAGGUUCUCAGUGUUGAAGUACACUUGAGGUUCAUCCACAGUUUAGACAAUCACUUUCAAAGCCCCAACAGGUUGACUUUCCCCAGCACAGCAGGAAAAGCUGUUGUAAUUCACAGCUAAAUGCAUCAUCGGCCUUGGAAGAGGAAAAUGAAGGGGAGAGGGAAGAUCCCAGGUACAUCAUCCAAAAAGUCCCGUGGCCGUCUGAGGCGGCCAUCUUACUCCCCGAUUCCAUCCACAUCAGCUCAUGUGGGGACCUCUCAGUCACAAUCAUACCGAUCUAACGUCUCCACUCCUGCUGGCUCACCAAUCGCCAGUCCAGCUAAGAAACAGAAAGGGACUGGCUACAAUCAUUCCUGGAGAUGGAGAGGGCUUUAUAAGAAGAAAGGCAAAACCAGAGGGACCUUAGGGACCUCCAAAUGGGCAAAACAGAAGAGACGCUCUGGGCGUUCAACCCGCAAUCCUCAACCACAGAGACCCAAAGUUCAAAACCAGAGAGCAAACCAAGGAACACCAGCGAAGUCUAUCAGAGGACAGGACAUCACCAGCUGCCGGUGGCUCCACUAUGGAGCCCACAUUGGCAAUGAGACACGCAGCAUCGAGUUCAAACAAGGUGGCGGAUGUUACAUGCAGAACACUUUCUGCGAACACGUUUGCAUCUACGGCUGUGCCUUCCUGAACAGCGGAGGAGGUAGUCUGCUGGUCGGGGUGUGUGACAACGGAAUGGUUUGUGGUGUGCACUUCAGCCAUAAAAUGGAGGACAAGACCCGCCUGCAGGUGGACGAGAUUGCGAAGCACUUCAAUCCUCCUCUCCUUCCCUACAACUACAGCCUGCACUUCCUGCCUGUGGUAAAGCCCAGGGAGCACCACCUCAAGGUGCUGUGCCUCACCUUCAGAGCGCCUCCAGCCUUCACUGAGCCAACCCUCUUUCAGAUUGACCAUGGGAAGGUGUACAUGAGGCGGGAUGGGAGUGUGCAGGGGCCCUUGGGUGCCUCGGUCAUCCUAGAGUGGUCCAGACAGAUGUGGACUAGCAAGGUGCAGCAGCUGGAGCAGCGUGUGCUUGAAGCGAGGACUGAGAAGUGGUUUUUAGCCGGGCAGGUCCACGGGCUACUCCAGUCCAUCGAUCCACUGCAUCGGAUCAUAGCAUCACUACAGCCGCAGAAGAAGACCGCUCCAUCCAGGGGGCAGAAGCGCAAGAUGAAGCAGAACCUGAAAACAUCAUCAAGACAAAACUCACGAGCCAGCGCUUCCCUGCCUCCUCUGGGAACUCCAGAUGCCAGGCCAGCUCACAACACCGGAGACCCGGAUGUCUGGCUGAGAUGCACACAGUAGCAAAAUAAACUCAACAAAAGCACA